AUGUCUGGUGUUCGGAACCUCUCAGCGGCUCUCCGCCGUGCUCGAGUACCUCGCACUCGCAUCAUCGCUCGCCCCAUCGUCCCUCAAGCAUCAUGUGCGACCGUGCUGCGUAGCUUCACUACAAGCUCCACCGCUCGAGCCGACAAGCAGAUCAAGUACACCAGCGACGCAUACCCCAACCUCAAGCGUGACUCGAAGUUCGCCGAGAUCUCUGCAGACGAUGUCGCAUUCUUCAAGGAGCUCCUGGGCUCCGAGUCCGCAGUCAUUGACGGCGUCACCACCGAUGCGACGGACGACAUUGAACCUUUCAACAGCGACUGGAUGCGCAAGUACCGGGGCCACACUCGUCUGGUUUUGAAACCGGGCAGCACAGAGCAGACCAGUAAGGUGCUGAAAUACUGUAAUGACCGGAAAUUGGCCGUCGUGCCCCAGGGUGGAAACACUGGUCUGGUCGGUGGUUCAGUCCCCGUCUUCGAUGAGAUUGUCAUCAACACCUCGCGGAUGAACAAGAUUCGCUCGUUUGACGAGGCUUCUGGAGUCCUGGUCGCUGAUGCUGGUGUCAUUCUUGAGACGGCUGACCAGUACCUGGCCGAGCACAACCACCUGUUCCCCCUUGACCUGGGUGCCAAGGGCUCGUGCCACAUUGGAGGUAACGUUGCGACCAACGCUGGUGGUCUGCGAUUGCUGCGUUACGGUAGCUUGCACGGAACUGUGCUGGGUCUCGAGGCGGUCCUGCCGGACGGGACUAUCGUUGACGCCCUCUCCACUCUGCGUAAGAACAACACUGGUUACGAUCUUAAGCAGCUCUUCAUUGGUUCCGAGGGCACUAUUGGUAUUGUGACUGCUGUGUCCAUCAUCUGUCCACCGCGUCCCAAGGCCGUCAACGUCGCCUACUUCGGUCUGGAGAGCUUCGAGCAGGUGCAGCAGGCUUACCUGGCUGCCAAGGGUCAGCUGUCGGAGAUUCUGUCCGCAUUCGAGCUGAUGGACGGCCGUAGUCAGGGCUUGGUCAUCGAGUCUACUGGUAACAAGCACCCGCUGGAAGGCGAGUACCCCUUCUACUGCCUGAUUGAGACCAGCGGCUCCAAUGCUGAGCACGACAUGGCCAAGCUGGAGACAUUCCUGGAGAAUGUCAUGGGAGAGGGCAUUGUCGCUGAUGGUGUGCUGGCUCAGGACGAGACCCAGUUCCAGGCUCUGUGGCGUUGGCGUGAGGGUAUCACCGAGGCCCUGAGUCACCUCGGCGGAACCUACAAGUACGAUGUGUCGAUCCCUCUGUCUGAUCUAUACCUCCUUGUUGAGGACACCAAGGCUCGUCUGACCGAGAUGGGCUUCGUCGGCGACGAUGACUCUUUCCCCGUGCGCGCUGUCGUCGGCUACGGUCACAUGGGUGACUCCAACCUGCACUUGAAUGUGUCGGUGCGUCACUACAACAAGGAUGUGGAGAAGGCCAUUGAGCCCUGGGUGUAUGAGUGGAUUCAAAAGCGCAACGGCAGUAUCAGUGCUGAGCACGGUCUGGGUGUUGCCAAGCGGGAGUACAUUGGUUACAGCCAGAACGAAACCAUGGUCAAGUUGAUGAAGCAGCUUAAGGCUGUCUAUGAUCCCAACGGCAUCAUGAACCCAUACAAGUACAUUUAA